AUGUUUUCUUGAAUGUAAAAUUAUUAAGAAUAUAAUGAAAAAAAAAAGAAAAAAGGAAAAGAGAAACGAAUAAUAAUAUGUUGUAGGUUCAAAACGGUGACGCAAGCGUGCGUUUGACUCUCUCUCUUUAAAACCACCUCCACUCACUUCCUUCCCCACCUUUCACUUGAGAGCAUUUCAUCGUUUUCUCUCAAUCCUCAAACACUUUAUUUUCCCGCAUUUUCUCGCCAGAUUUUCUCUGAUAUUUUCUCCGAUGGGGAGAGCUGAAACCGAGACGUACAUUACGGUGCCUAGCUUCUUCAGGUGUCCGAUAUCUCUAGACGUGAUGAAAUCUCCCGUUAGCCUCUGCACCGGAGUUACCUACGACCGUGCAAGUAUUCAGAGGUGGCUCGACGGUGGCAACAACACUUGUCCCGCCACUAUGCAAGUUCUCCGAACAAAGGAAUUCGUUCCGAAUCUCACGCUUCAACGUCUAAUCAAAGUCUGGUCCGAUUCCGUCGGCCGUUACGCCGGUGGUUCUCCGCCUCCGAAUCCGGCGUCUGCUCGAGGGAUUCCGACGAUGGAAGAAGUGAAUGAGUCGUUGAAGAGACUGAGUCUCGAUAAGGACGAUGAGAUUCGUCGUCUGGAGACUCUGUCGAGGAUUGUUCGAUUCGUGAAGUAUUCCGACGCGAACAGAGAUUUCCUCUCUGGGAAAAAGGAUUUCGUGCCAAUGCUCGUCGAUAUCAUCUCAGGAACACGCACGACGACGAAGAUCAAGCUGGUUCUUAUAGCAAUUAGGAUUUUGGAUAGUGUAAUCAAGGGAGAGAAUGAAGAAGAUCGGGAACGGUUAUCGAAUCUGAUGUUGGCGAAAAGUAGCGAUUGCUUGAAUUCGAUUCUCGUCGCGAUACAGCGCGGGAAUCUGGAAUCGAAGAUCGAAUCGAUUAGGGUUUUGGAAUUGAUCUCCUUCGACGCUCAAUCGAAACUGGUGAUCGCAGGACGCGACGGGAUUUUAACGGAGCUGAUCAAAUCAAUCAGCACAGAGUCCGACCCCGCCUUGAUCGAAGCGAGUCUAUCUCUCCUAAUCACAAUCUCGAAACCGAAACGAGUCAGAUCGAAACUAAUCGCCGCGAAAACAAUCACGAAGAUCAAAGACAUUCUCCUGACGGAGGAGGCAACAAGCGUCGCGGUGACGGAGAAAUCGCUGAAGCUGCUGGAGACGCUGUCGUCGAGGAAGGAAGGUAGAUCGGAGAUCUGCGGCGGAGACGGAGGUAGAUGCGUGGAAGGAGUGGUGAAUAAGGUGUUGAAAGUAUCGACGACCGCGACGGAGCACGCCGUGACGAUUCUGUGGUGUCUGUGCUACGUUUUCCGGGAAGAUAAGAAGGCGGAGGUGACGGUGGAGAGAAGUAACGGCGUGACGAAGCUUUUGGUGGUGAUACAGAGCAACUGCUCGCCGAUGGUGAGACAAAUGGCGAAAGAUGUGAUUAAAGUGUUGAAGAUUAAUUCAUCUGCAUCUGCUUUGGCUGCUUAUGAGACCAAAACCACUCAUAUUACGCCUUUUUGAUUUUUUCACUAUUUUGAACGUAGAGAUAUUAUUGUAAAUCAUUAUAAGAAAAAAAGUUUUGUUACUGUGAUCAAUUUUUCCGAUAUUCAAAUUUUCUAUUUCUC